AUGAAAGACAUGGUCUUUAAUUGCCCUAUUGAAGGUUGCAAUAGAUCUUACAAAAAUAAAUUUAAUUUGGAUCGACAUGUGGAGGCUUUACACAUGCAAGAUAAAAAAUAUCAAUGCCCACAUUGCUUGAAGAUUUUAUCGUCCAAACAAAACUUGAAUGAGCAUUUAUUCACACACUCUGGGGAAAAACCUUAUGUAUGCAGAGAGCCAGGAUGUGGGAUGAAAUUUAGGCAAGGUAGCCAACUUUCAGCUCAUAAAAGGAUACACGUUGCUAUUAAGAGUUACGCGUCGAGAAUAGAAGAAAAUGUUAGUGGAAGAUAUUAUUUGAAGCUUUCACAUUGUCUUAGCUUGUUUCCUUCAUUAUUAGAGCAAAAAAGCCUUAUUCCUGACCUUAAAUUGAAGGAGGAAGAAAUUUUCCUUCCACCAAUUUCUGGUCCUUCAAGUUCAGUACAGUUGCCAAGCGAUAUUUUAUACGAUCAUCCAUUACAGGUUUAA